UUGCUGUGAGGAAUUAUAAAUUAUUUCUCUGAAGAAAAUACACACAGAGACAUAUUUGCAAGACUUCCUUCCCACUCCGUAAUUAUCUUCACGACAGGCAGAUAAACCAGCCCCAGGAUGAGGAGCCUUCUUCGGUUUCUGGCGCUCUGUGCUGCAGUCGCUCUCUGCGUCUGCUACGACUCCCAUGAAAGCACAGAAUCCUUUGAAGAUGUGUUUGUGCCCCCAAACCAAGCCAAUUCGUUCAUCACACCGCAGAGGCCCAACGUAUACAACGUACCCAGAGGAAACGGCCUUGGCUAUUACAGAUUCACAAGGAGGCCGAAGUCCCCAGCAGAGAAGCGUAAGGAGAUCUGUGAGGACUACACUCUCUGCCGCUUCUACGCCUACAACCACGGCUAUCCGCAGGCCUACCUGAGAUACUUUGGCUCCCAGAUCCAGCCCCAGAGGCCAGCUGGACCUCGCCGAUACUAAACUCAAAGUAUCACUCUGUCACUUGCUGAAUUGUUCUAAUCCUCUGGAUAUGAACACUUCAUUCCACAAUUUUGAUAUAAUUUAUGUGUUUGUCUUGUUUCUGUAGCUGGACAGAAGAGGACACACUGAGCCCUCCAGUGUGGCUCAGGUGUCACACCAGCCCAUCAUUAUACUCCUGUAGAAAUGCACGGCCCAUCUCUUGUAUAAUCUCUGAAUAACCUUUAUCCAUUAUUAUCACACUUUCACAGCAUUUAUGAGCUUUAUGUGAUCUGCUUGAGUGUUUUGUUCACCAACUGCUAACCAUUUAUUACAUUAUCAGUAGGGGGUUCUGAUCCCGGCCAGCGCUGCAGUCACUGAUUAUCUCCACUGCCUUGAGAAAAAUAAUAAAUUCCCUUUUCCUGGG